AUGACCCAACGCGCCUGGCCGCAGCCCGAACCCCAACCCGAUCUCCAUACCGCCGACCUCCGCGUCCGCUCCAACCCCAACCCCAACCUCAACCCCCGCCUCCUCCUCUCCGUCUCUCCGCCCAUGAGGGAACAAACCCUCUCCCAGUCCCACCUCUCCACCGCCGCAUCCGUCGCCGCCGUCCAAGAAUCCGGCGCCUCCGCCCAAGAAUCCGGCGCCUCCGCCACAACCACUGGCUCCACUGCCGAUGCCAAGAUUCCCUUCCGCCCUCGAAAGAUCCGCAAGGUCUCGUCCGAGGGCGACCCCCAACAGGUCUCCUCCUCUGGCUCCACCAAGAAGGCCACCAACAGCCGCGCCCCCCUCCUCCGCGUCGUCCCCCGGCCCCUCUCUGCCGACGGCGAGAUCGACAACGCCCUCCACCACCUCCGGGCGGCGGACCCCCUCCUCGCCCGCGUGAUCGACGCCCACGACCCCCCGACCUUCCGGUGCCGCCAUCCCCCCUUCCACUCCCUCGCCCGCAGCAUACUCUACCAGCAGCUCGCCUUGAAAGCCGCCGCCUCCAUCUACGCCCGCUUCCUCUCCCUCUGUGGCGGCGAGUCCGGCGUCGUCCCCGAGGCCGUCCUCGCCCUUACCCCCCACCAGCUUCGCCAGAUCGGCGUUUCCAGCCGCAAGGCCAGCUACCUCCAUGACCUCGCUCGCAAGUACCACAAUGGCAUCCUCUCCGAUUCCUCCAUCGUCUCCAUGGACGAUCGUUCCCUCUUUGCCAUGCUCACCAUGGUCAAGGGCAUCGGCGCCUGGUCCGUCCACAUGUUCAUGAUCUUCUCUCUUCACCGUCCUGAUGUCCUCCCCGUUGGUGACCUUGGCGUCCGCAAGGGCGUCCAGGUCCUCUACGGCCUCGACGACAUCCCCCGGCCCUCCCAGAUGGAGCAGCUCUGCGAGAUCUGGCGGCCCUACCGUUCCGUCGGUGCCUGGUACAUGUGGCGCCUCGCAGAGAGCAGGGGUACCCCCACUAUGGCUUCUAUGGGCAGCGGAACAGGAGUUCCGAUUACAGGAGGAGGAGAAGGAACAGGAGGAGGACCUCUGCCACAACAGCAGGCUCAGCUCAUCGACCCUAUCCAGAUGCUCCCGAAUCUAGGGUGAGAGACCUUCGCAUACGCUUGGAUUCUUCGUCGCAGCUGGCUUGUUGAGGUGGCUCUCGAUCUUUGCCUAUACAACCUGUUUUUUUAUUGGCUGAGCUGCUGCCUGUUUUCUUCUAGUCUUCUGGUGUCAUAAUGUGUUAUUUGGUGGGUGCCAAUGCUGUGUUGAUCGUUAACCAGCAAACUUCCAAAGCACUGAUUUCGAGACCCCUAUUUAUGAAAGAUAGAUUGGCAUUUCCUCUACUCAUGUAGUUUAAAAGAAAAAUAAAAACACUUUCUAAUACAUAUUGAUGGGUCUGUACUUGUUUCGUACCCUUCAGCAGUUAUAG